UUGUGAAUUGCGGGACUUAAGGAGGGUUUUAGGUUCUCUCUCUCUCUCGAUCAUGGUUCUAAUUUGGGCCUGUAAGUUAUUUAGCUGAAUCUCUCUUGUAUGGUUGUUUAUCUGAAUCUUUCUCGUAUGCACAAAAUUUUCUGGAGUACCCACCUUCUCGUUACUCUUCUCUUUCUGAGCUUGAUUUUGGUGUAUGAUGGCCUAUGUUGCACUUCGACAUUGCGGCGUCUGCCGAUUGCCUCCGAAGCAAAUCUCCUCAUCAAAUUCGUGGAUACUGGAGCGAUAGAAAACUUUAGAAAUAUGUGGAGGGUUUUGAGGAAACAUAUUUUUCUUCAGAAUUCUAGUUUAGUUUAUCGACCCGGAGCUGUGAUGAGCAGCCUUACGGAGGAUUUUUCCUCCUUGGCUUCGUCAUUGGGUAAAAGUAUUCACUCAUCGGUUCUGGGGUAUAGGAAUGGGUGUUCUGAAAUGGGUAAUCGACGGUAUAUUGAUUCGAUGGAAGAUUUGGGAGUUAGAGGCGUCGGAUUGUAUAGAAGGAGUGUCGAAAAUCUGGUGAAUUUCUCGUGCUUGAGUACCGACGAUUUUAGGCCUAGAGUGGGCGGGAUGCAAGGUUUUUCUAGUGCUGCAGAAGCCGUUCCGUCGACUGAUGAUGAUAGUUCGGUGAUGGACGAAAUUCAGGAGGUUCCUGAGCAGUGCUCAGGGGAAGUGAACGGAGAGAAAAGAGGAAAAUUCUAUCGUAGACGCCGGGCACGUCGCGGCAAUUUGGGAUACACCAAAUAUCUUGCUUUGAGGAUAAGGCAAGUAAAGGUUGAAACUGAAGUGUGGGAAAAGGCAGCAAGGGAAUACAGGGAGCUCGUCACGGACAUGUGUAAGCAGAAAUUGGCACCGAACUUGCCUUAUAUGAAGUCAUUGUUUCUUGGUUGGUUUGAGCCUCUUCGGGUCCGCAUUGCAGCAGAGCAGGAGUCUUACAGGAAGGGAAAGAAUAGGACUGCCUAUGCUCCUUACUUUGAUCGUUUGCCGGCAGAAAUGAUGGCGGUUAUCACUAUGCAUAAGCUGAUGGGAUUGAUGAUGACGUCGGACGAUCAUGGUACCGCUAGGGUUGUCCAAGCAGCUUGCCGAAUCGGCGACGCCAUCGAAAACGAGGCUCGGAUUCUUACCUUUCUUGAGAAAACGAAGAAGAAACGUCCCAAGGGGAAUAUGCCUAAAGGAGAACCUGAAGCUCUAAGGGAAGAGUUUCUCAGGAAAAAAGUGAUCGAUCUGAUCAAGAAACAAAAGCUGCGUCAGGUGACUCAGAUAGUGAAAAGAAAGGAUGACUCAGAACCAUGGGGCGUGGAGGCUCACGCAAAGGUUGGGUGCCGUCUUAUUGAGUUGUUGAUUGAAACGGCUUAUAUUCAGCAUCCAUCUGAUGAGACAGUCGACGGUCCACCUGAUAUCCGUCCUGCAUUCAGGCACUCAUUAAGAAAUGUGUCCAAGGACCAACAAAGUAUUUCAAGACGCUAUGGUGUUAUUGAAUGUGAUCCUCUGGUUCGAAAAGGUCUUGAUAGAACUGCCAGGCACAUGGUGAUUCCUUACAUGCCAAUGUUGGUGCCUCCACUAGGGUGGACAGGCUAUGACCAAGGGGCACAUCUAUUUUUGCCAUCUCACAUUAUGCGUACCCAUGGAUCAAGGCAACUGCGGGAAGCAAUAAAAAGAACCCCAAGGCAACAGUUGCAGUAUAUCUUUCAGGCCUUGGAUACGCUUGGGAGUACUAAGUGGAGGAUUAAUAAAAGAAUCCUUGCAGUAGUAGAUAGAGUAUGGGCCAGUGGAGGGAAUCUUGCAGGACUCAUUGACUGUGAAGAUGUUCCUUUACCAGAGAAACCAGACACAGAGGACGAAGCAGUUCUUAGGAAGUGGAAGUGGAGUAAGAGGAGAACAGAAAAGGAAAACAAUGAAAGACAUUCACAGCGGUGUGAUAUAGAACUUAAACUUGCUGUGGCCCACAAAAUGAAGGAUGAAGAAGGAUUUUAUUAUCCACAUAAUCUAGAUUUCCGUGGGCGGGCAUAUCCCAUGCACCCUUACUUGAAUCAUCUUGGUUCAGAUCUAUGCAGGGGCAUCCUAGAAUUUGCAGAAGGCCGCCCAUUAGGGAAAUCAGGAUUAAGGUGGUUAAAGAUUCAUCUAGCAAACCUAUUUGCGGGAGGCAUUGACAAGCUGUCAUAUGAUGGUCGUGUAGCAUUUGUUGAGAAUCAUUUAGAUGAUAUAUUUGAUUCAGCUGAAAGGCCCCUUGAAGGUUCAAGGUGGUGGUUAAAUGCAGAAGAUCCCUUCCAGUGCUUAGCUGUAUGCAUUAAUCUGUCCGAAGCUUUGAGAAACCCUUCGCCAGAGACAACCAUCUCACACUUGCCUGUUCAUCAGGAUGGUUCUUGUAAUGGUUUACAACACUAUGCUGCCCUGGGAAGAGAUACGUUGGGUGCUGCUUCAGUGAACCUGGUUGCUGGGGAGAAACCUGCAGAUGUUUAUUCAGAAAUUGCUGCAAGAGUUCUGGAGACCGUACAAAGAGAUUCUCAAAAAGAUCCUGCCACUAAUCCCAAUGCUGUGCGUGCUAGGCUUUUGAUUGGGCAGGUGGAUCGUAAAUUAGUCAAGCAGACCGUCAUGACAUCAGUUUAUGGAGUUACUUAUAUUGGUGCCCGGGAUCAGAUAAAGAGAAGGCUAAAAGAGCGGAAUGCCAUUCCAGAUGACCAGGUCUUUGGUGCAGCUUGCUAUGCAGCAAAAGCAACUUUAACUGCCCUUGAGGAGAUGUUCCAAGCUGCACGUGACAUUAUGAGCUGGCUGGGUGAUUGUGCAAAGUUAAUUGCUUCGGAAAAUGAGUCUGUAAGAUGGACUACUCCGCUUGGCCUUCCAGUCUUGCAACCUUACAGGAAGAAAGGCAGGUGUCUCGUUAAAACAUCCCUACAGGUUUUGGCUUUAGAAAGAGAAACAGAUAAGGUCAUGACCAAGAGGCAAAAGACUGCAUUUCCCCCAAAUUUUGUUCAUUCCCUUGAUGGAUCCCACAUGAUGAUGACAGCUAUUGCCUGCAAAAAGGCGGGACUCAAUUUUGCAGGAGUUCAUGAUUCAUAUUGGACCCAUGCAUGUGAUGUGGAUGAAUUGAACCGAAUACUGAGGGAGAAGUUUGUGGAGCUCUAUAAGCAACCAAUAUUGGAAGAGCUGCUGGAAAGCUUCCAGAAAUCAUUUCCUCAAUUGAGGUUUCCUCCUCUUCCAGAUCGCGGUGAUUUUGAUCUGAGGGUGGUUUUGAAGUCGCCCUACUUUUUCAACUGACAUCUCUCGCCAGCGUUUUUAUAUCUAAGAUGACGAGAUGGUGCUGGCUCCACACGAUUUAUUCUCUUUGUCAUUAUUAGUGGGAGGUGGCAGAUUUGUAUUCUUUCCUCGGACCUCACCAAUCAGAAGGUCUGUCUGGUAUCCACCACUGCUGGUUGUGCCGAGAUACUCGUAUCUGCAAAUGUAAAUGGUUUAUGAAGACAGGAUCUCAAGAGCGAAAGAUCUUCCUGGCAGCAUCUUUUCGAAUGUCUUUGUCUCGUGCCCAGAUGAGUUGGCACGAUACCAAUUUAUCUUCGAACUUUGCGGCAUAAGGAGAAAGAAAAAGCAAGCCGGUUUUGGUAAAAUUUGAAGAUAAAAUCCUUAAGAAGGUUGCAUUCUGUAAAACAGAUGCCUUGGGGCCAUUAGCAUAGCUGGGUGGGCUGGUGCCACUGGAAAAGUUUGAUGCAUGUAGUCGCUAUGUCUUGACCUAAUGGGGUGGAGCGCGACAUCAAGUUGACUAUGUACCUGUGAUUACAGUAGGGAGGAGCCUUGGACUGUGGAGGCAGAGAACUCGGCCUUUCGUCUAGACGUCUCUGGCUCACCCAGAUAUGUACCUGUGAUUACAGUAGGGAGGAGCCUUGGACUGUGGAGGCAGAGAACUCUGCCUUUCGUCUAGACGUCUCUGGCGCACCCAGAUGUACAGAUGCAAGUUAUGUACAAUGACAUCUACAAUUUGCGCCUCCUAGUGGAUUUAUUAAUGCAUCUUAUUUUUCCAAGUACUAUAGAUGUUAAGCGACACCAAGUUGACUAUGUAUCGUGUUUACAGUAGGGAGGAGCCUUAGGGCGUGGAGGCGGAGCUUUGGCUUUCGUCUGGACUUCUCUGUCUUACCCAGAUGUACAGAUGUAAAUUUAUGUACGAUUGACGUACCAUUUGGGCCUUCUAGUGGAAUUAUUAAUGCAUCUUAGUA